GGCGGUGGCGGAGGCGGUGAGUGCGCGGCUCCGGGGCUGGCCGACUCCGCUAGUGGCCCGGCCGGCCUGGGCUCGGGGGCUCCGGGCUCUGGGCUCUGGGUGCGCGGACCGGGCCAGGCUGCUUGAAGACCUCGCGACCUGUGUCAGCAGAGCCGCCCUGCACCACCAUGUGCAUCAUCUUCUUUAAGUUUGAUCCUCGCCCUGUUUCCAAAAACGCGUACAGGUAACCCCCUCGCUCUGCAUCUGCUGCGCCCUGCAGGGUCCUGGGUGCCCAGCCAGUUCUCAUGCCACCCAAGCUGCUGUGUGCAGGAAGGUGUGUGGGCCAGGCCGGGGCUGCACAGGCCUGGCACUGCCCUCCAGGACAGGGUCACUCAGUGUGGGAUGCUGUCAGAAUGCCUCUCGGGGCGGGGACUCCAGUCAAUGUACAAAGACGUGAAGACUCAGCCACAGAAGGCAGCCACAGGCUCAUCUUGGCAGCCAACAGGGAUGAAUUCUACAGCCGACCCUCCAAGUUAGCUGACUUCUGGGGGAACAACAACGAGAUCCUCAGUGGGCUGGACAUGGAGGAAGGCAAGGAAGGAGGCACAUGGCUGGGCAUCAGCACACGUGGCAAGCUGGCAGCACUCACCAACUACCUGCAGCCGCAGCUGGACUGGCAGGCCCGAGGGCGAGGUGAACUUGUCACCCACUUUCUGACCACUGACGUGGACAGCUUGUCCUACCUGAAGAAGGUCUCUGUGGAGGGCCAUCUGUACAAUGGCUUCAACCUCAUAGCAGCCGACCUGAGCACAGCAAAGGGAGACGUCAUUUGCUACUAUGGGAACCGAGGGGAGCCUGAUCCUAUCGUUUUGACGCCAGGCACCUACGGGCUGAGCAACGCGCUGCUGGAGACUCCCUGGAGGAAGCUGUGCUUUGGGAAGCAGCUCUUCCUGGAGGCUGUGGAACGGAGCCAGGCGCUGCCCAAGGAUGUGCUCAUCGCCAGCCUCCUGGAUGUGCUCAACAAUGAAGAGGCGCAGCUGCCAGACCCGGCCAUCGAGGACCAGGGCGGGGAGUACGUGCAGCCCAUGCUGAGCAAGUACGCGGCUGUGUGCGUGCGCUGCCCUGGCUACGGCACCAGAACCAACACUAUCAUCCUGGUAGAUGCGGACGGCCACGUGACCUUCACUGAGCGUAGCAUGAUGGACAAGGACCUCUCCCACUGGGAGACCAGAACCUAUGAGUUCACACUGCAGAGCUAACCCCACCUCUGGGCCUGGCCAGUGGGCUCCUGGGGGGCCCUGCCUUGAGGGGCACUGUGGACAGGAAACCUUCCUUUGCCAUACUGCAUUGCACUGCCCGUGGCUUGGCCAGCAUCCCCCGGAUCAGGGCCCUGUGGUUUGUGUGUUACCCAUCUGUGUCCCCAUGCCCAGUUCAGGGUCUGCCUUUAUGCCAGUGAGGAGCAGCAGAGUCUGAUACUAGGUCUAGGACCGGCCGAGGUAUACCAUGAACAUGUGGAUACACCUGAGCCCACUCUUGCACAUGUACACAGGCACUCACACGGCACACACAUACACUCCUGCAUGUGCACAAGCACACACAUGCAAGGCAUAUACAUGGACACCGACACAGGCACAUGUACAUGCAUAGGUGUGCUACACAUGUGCACACAUGCACAGUUGCACAGACACACACACACAGGUGCACACACACGAUGCCGAACAAGGCAGAAGGGCGACUCUCACCUCUCAUGUGCUUCUGGCCAGUAGGUCUUUGUUCUGGUCCAACGACAGGAGUAGGCUUGUAUUUAAAAGCGGCCCCUCCUCUCCUGUGGCCACAGAACACAGGCGUGCUUGGAUUCUUGACAAGCAGACCUGCUCCUGCAGAGGAGACAGCCACAUUUGGAAUUGGGCACCAAGAGAGGAGACAGCCACAUUUGGAAUUGGGCACCAAGAAGACCUGAGAAAAACCCACUCUCUCUUUUUUUUUUUUGAGACGGAGUCUUGCUCUGUCACCCAGGCUGGAGUGCAGUGGCACGAUCUCGGCUCACUGCAACCUCCGCCUCCCAAGUUCAAGCAAUUCUCCUGCCCCAGCCUCCUGAGUAGCUGGGAUUACAGGCGUGUGCCACCAUGCCCAGCUAAUUUUUGUGUUUUUAGUAGAGACGGGGUUUCACCAUGUUGGUCAGGCUGGUCUUGAACUCCUGACGUGGUGAUCCACCUGCCUCGGCCUCCCAAAGUGCUGGGAUUACAGGCGUGAGCCACCACGCCUGGCCGAAAAACCCACUCUCAUAACAGAAGUGCAGACUCAUUGCUAGAUUCAGUGCCCUUGAGUGUGCCAGAGGUCCUCUGUGUUUGAGACUAUCUUGUGUGUGCCAGGAGGCUCCGUGUGCACCAGGGGCUCUCAGAAUCCCGCUUACCCAGCUGGAGACCAUGCCUCUGGCAGCCCCAUCUCAGCCAGCCCUGCUCUCUCCCUCUUCCCUCCAGGUGAGGCAAACUUCAUAGGAAUCUGUACCUGAAUGUGAGCUCCUGAUAAUAAAACUCUGAGGCUUUGGUGAGCGCA